UCUUGUUUGCACCGUCAGAGGAAGACCGAGGUAAAGGUGUUGGGUAACGAUUCUUGGAUUGACUGUUGCCAACGCAAGGCUGGAUCAAAUAAUAACAGUAAUAAGACUUCCUCUCCUAAAUGUGAAAGGACCAGUUUGACAACUUGCAUGUAAACACUGAUGCACACCUAGAGAACCCAAACAAGGAAGACGCAACGGCUGCAAACUCCACAGAGGGAAGAUGAUGUCUACUUGCCUGCGCAGCUCACGCCUGUACAGUCUCUCUGUGAGGCUUAUGGCUACAGCCUCCCACAGGAUGGUGGUUGCGGACAAGUCGCCUGACCUCCUGGCCGCCUCUUUGGCCUUUGAGGAUCCCAGGGCAUUCCAGGUGAAGAGCACGGGCGAGUUAAUACGUGCUCUGGGUGUAUUCCGCUUUUGCUCCUUCCCUGUCUUGGUGAACAACUGUGACAAGCUGAUGUCAGUGGCUCGCACCAUUCUGGGUAGGCGCCUGUUCUCCUUGCUGCUCAGGCCCACGGUCUACGCUCAGUUUGUGGCCGGGGAGAACGAGAAGGAGAUCUCCAAGUCCAUGGAGAAGAUGAGCCUGCUGGGGCUGAGGCCCAUGCUGGCCGUCCCCAUCGAGGAGGAUCUUGGGGAGAGUACAGGAGAGAAGCGAUAUAACGACAACAUGGAGGCCAUGUUAGAAUGCGUGCGCAUGUCACACAGCAAUGCCUGGAGCAAAGAUCCCAUGAUGCAGCUGAAGGUCACGGCGCUGCUCAGCCCUGAACUGUGUGUCAAACUCACCACCAUCAUUUCCAAACAACCCUACGACCUUGACCUUCUGGUUAGAGCCAUGAAUGGAGAGACUGUCAACUUCCCCGGUUUGGAAGAGAGUGAGGCGGCGCACUUCCAAUGCAGCCUUCGGCGACUCAACCAAAUAUCCCAGGCUAGCGUCAAGAAGGUGCGCGUCCUGGUUGAUGCGGAAUACACCUCCAUGAAUCCAGCACUGACCCUGGUUACCAUGGCGAUGAUGAAGAAGUUCAACAAAGAUGGCGCCUGGAUUUGGAAUACAUACCAGUGUUACCUGAAGGCAACUCGGACUCUCCUACUGGAGGCCCUUGCUCAGGCCAAGGACGGUGGUUUCUGUCUGGGGGUGAAACUGGUGAGAGGAGCCUACAUGGACAAAGAGAGGAAGCUCGCAAUGAGAGAAGGCCGCCCAGAUCCCGUCCAAGACUGCUGGGAGGACACAAAUAACAAUUAUAACAGCUUGCUAGAGGUGAUGCUGAAAGUCAUCGCCCAGGACCCUGAAAGCUACAGGAUCAUAGUGGCCACACACAAUGAAGAGUCUGUGAAGCGAGCGGCCGAAGGGGUUGAAGAACUAGGCAUUGACAAAUAUGGCGGCUCUGUGUGUUUUGGUCAGCUUUUGGGGAUGUGUGAUCAUGUCUCCCUCACACUGGCUAAGGAAGGUUACGCCGUGUACAAGUCGGUACCUUACGGCUCAGUGGACGACACGCUGCCCUACCUGGUGCGUCGGGCUCAGGAGAACCGCACCGUGUUGCAGGGAAUCCGAAAAGAGCAAGACCUUUUGAGGCAGGAGUUUCUCAGGAGACUCAAACGCUCAAGUUGAGAGCACGCUCGACAUUUGAUAUUAAGAGGAAUUAGGUUGGUAGCAGGGCAAAUCUUGCGGAACGUAAACACUGUAUGUGAAACAGGCCAGAUGAAUUUACUUGUGUGAAAAACUUCCAAAAAUGUGCACUUUAAUUGCUUUAUUUCUGUCUGUAAACAAUAAAAAAGUUUUUUGUCAUA